AUGCCUACAAUAUCACUAAACUUCACGUUUCUUUCUUCCAAUACAGGUGAAAAGCCGUACAUGUGCACUGUGCCAGGGUGUGGGAAGGCCUACUCCAACUCCUCCGACAGGUUCAAGCACACAAGGACCCAUUUCGUGGACAAACCCUACGAGUGCCGCCAUCCAGGCUGCGGGAAGCGCUACACUGACCCAUCCUCCCUCAGGAAACACGUCAAGAUAUACGGUCAUUACCGCCGGCCGGAUGACCAGAGCCCUUCCUUUUCCGUGCCCCCAACCACACCAUCCGAUCUCUUGGAUCCCUCCGUGGCUACUUCGGCUAGGCUUGACCUCUCGCCUUCACCCUCUUCUUCAGGGUCAUCGCUCGUCCCCUCUCCGGUGCCCUCUACUCCGUCUCCUUCGCUACUCCCCCCGACCUUGUUCUCAGGGGCUCCGACGGGGCACAGCAUUGGUAUGGGGGCGGCUGGUAUCCCCUCUUGGGCACCUGUGACAGCGGCGGCGUGGACGGUGGCGCUGCAGCAGUACCAGGCAGGGCUCUUCCUGCAGGGAGGGGCUGGGCUGGCAGGGCUCGGGGGACUCCAUCCUCAUCCACACAUGGUGGAAGAGGAGGAGGAAGAGGACGAGGAAGAGGAAGUGGAGACAAUGGAUACGGCAACGGCUCUUGACCUAUCCAUGUGUCCCUCACCUCUUGACCUCUCCCUCCCUUCCUCCCGUUCCAAGCACCAGUAACUGCGCAGGAACGGUGAAACAACAGUGGAACGGCAGCCUCGAAACGGUGCAACGAAGACAAAACUGGAAUUAGUCAUGUAUUAAACUCCAAAUACGACAGACUAGUUGAAUAGUUACAGACGAAAUGGGUCGCAACAGACCAGCUACAUUGGCUUCUACCCUUAGUCUUGUCCAGCGCCUCUUGUGCACCCUCCAGAAAUUUAAUUAUACAAACAUUAAUUUGUGCAUUCGAAAUGCGUGAAUUUAUUCCAUUUAGUGUAAAAACAUAAUAACAUCUUUUUUUUUAAAUUGCUCCAAGACUUUACAUCAAGAAAUGUUGAUUGCUGGACAAGAGAAUGUAAGCAAACCUAUGAAAAGAUGUAUAUGUAUAUAUUUAGAUAGAAACAUCACAGUGAAAAUUACAUUAUAUAUA